AUGUUAGUGCCACCUCAAGCUCCACCUUCUUGGAACCAUACUCCAGAACAAAUUUUGAAAGAGACCGAAUCAUAUAUCACAAAUGGUAAACAAUUACAUGACAAGAUUGGUGCAAUUGAUCAACCAACAAUUGAAAAUUCUUUCAAACCAUUUGCUGAAUUUGAUAAUGAAAAUGCUGGUAUUUCAAAUAUCUUGACAUUUUAUCAACAUGUUUCAGCUUCAAAAGAAUUAAGAGAUGCCUCCACGGAAGCUGAACAGAAAAUCAGAGAUUUUAGUAUUGAACAAGGUUCAAGAGAAGAUUUGUAUAAAGUUUUCAAUAAGUUAUUCAAUGAAACUAAAAAUUAUGAUUCAUUAACUGAUGAAACUAAAAAAUAUAUUAAAGAGAUUAAUGAUGGGUUUAAAAGAAAUGGGUUAGCAUUACCAUUGGAACAAAGAGAAAAAAUUAAAGAGAUUCAAAAAAAAUUAUCAAAUCUAAGUUUAGAAUUUGGUAAAAAUUUAGGUGAACAACAAGAAUUUUUAUUAUUUACCAAGGAAGAAUUAGAUGGUGUUCCAAAAGAUGUUAUUGAUCAAUUUGAAAAAAUUACUGAUGAUUCCGGUGAGGAAAAAUUGAAAAUGACUUUUAAAUAUCCAGAUAUUUUCCCUGUUUUAAAAUAUGCUAAAAAUGAAAAUACUCGUAAAUUAGCAUUUGUUGGUGAUCAAAAUAAAGUCCCACAAAAUGAACCUUUAUUACAAGAAGCUGUUAAAUUAAGAACUGAAUUAGCUAAAACUUUGGGUUAUAAAACAUUUGCUGAUUAUAUCUUGGAGAAAAAAAUGGCCAAGAAUUCAGAAACUGUUUUAUCAUUCUUGGAUGAUUUACAAAAAAAAUUAACUCCAUUAGCUUUAAAAGAACGUGAACAAUUAUUAUCUUUGAAAAAUAAAGAUUUAAAAGAGAAAGGUUUAGAGCAAUCUGAUCAAUAUUAUGUUUGGGAUCAUCGUUUUUAUGAUACUUUAUUAUUAGAACAACAAUAUAAAGUUGAUCAACAAAAAAUUGCAGAAUAUUUCCCAAUGGAGUCAACAAUUUCUAAAAUGUUGAAAAUUUUUGAAAAAUUGAUGAAUUUAAAAUUUAUUGAAUCAAUUGAUGAAAAAUCAGUCUGGCAUCAAGAUGUUAAACAAUUUGCAGUUUGGAAUACAGAUGAUGGUGAAUCAUCACCAAAAUUUGUUGGUUGGUUAUAUUUUGAUUUACAUCCAAGGGAUGGUUUUAAUAAAACCGAUGAUUCAAGACAAUAUCCAGUAACUGCAUUAGUUUGUAAUUUUUCCAAACCAACAAAGGAUAAACCAUCAUUAUUAAAACAUGAUGAAGUUACAACUUUUUUCCAUGAAUUAGGUCAUGGUAUUCAUGAUUUAGUUGGGAAAACUGAAUAUGCAGAAUUCCAUGGUCCUUCUGGUUGUUCAUGGGAUUUUGUCGAGGCUCCUUCUCAAAUGUUGGAAUAUUGGACUUGGUCAAAAGAUGAAUUACGUGAAUUAUCUUCACAUUAUGAAACUGGUGCCAAAAUUGAUGAUGAAUUAAUUGAUUCUUUAAUCCGUUCAAAACAUGUUAAUGGUGGGUUGUUUAACCUAAGACAAUUACAUUUCGGCUUAUUUGAUAUGACUUUACAUUCAAUUAAUCCAGAUACUGAUAUUGCUAAAUUUUGGAAUGAAUCAAGAGAAAAAAUUGCGUUAGUUAGUAGUGGUGGCGUGGAAACUAAAGGUUUCAACUCUUUUAAUCAUAUUAUGGGUGGUUAUCAAGCAGGUUAUUAUGGUUAUUUAUGGUCUCAAGUCUUUGCUGCUGAUAUUUAUUAUACUAAAUUCAAAUCAAACCCAAUGGAUACUAAAGUUGGUGUUGAAUAUAGAGAUAUUAUCUUGGCUAGAGGUGGUUCUAAAGAGGAGAAUGAUAAUUUAAAAGAGUUGCUAGGUAGAGAACCAAAUAAUGAAGCAUUUUCCAAAGAAUUGGGAUUAAAUGCUUGA